CAUAUUUUUAACUCUCAAGAACACAUAACACCCAACAACCAACUUCUUCGCAAUGGCUUUCACUUGUUCAGACAUCUUCAAGAUCAUUUUGGCAAUCAUCUUGCCUCCUCUUGGUGUCUUCCUUGAGCGAGGAUGUGGUGCCGAUCUCCUUAUCAACAUCCUUUUGACCAUUCUUGGUUACAUCCCUGGUAUCAUCCACGCUCUUUACAUUAUUCUGAAGUAUUGAGACUACGAGAACCAACGGAACAAGCUUGUUUAAUAGUUGCAAUACGGGCGAGUUACCAGUGGAGUAUGGAAAUCGUAUGUUAGAAGUUAAACUGGAUUGUGUCGGUCGGGGACAUGUAAGAUGCAUUUAAUCCAACCUCCCAAAACAUUAUUGUUUGGUGUGAGCUGGAUCUAUGAAAGGGUCAGCGGAUGUGAUGAGUCGGAGAUGAGUGCUGAAAGUGAUGUUGAUGGGGUGUGUUGCGCCGUGGCAAUGCAGAUUGUGUGCAUUGGCUUGAUGGAUAGCCUGAUGGCCCUUUCCCGUGCAGUGAUCCGAUCAACUCAAAGGCGACCCCAUUAUGGUCGAAGGUGUUCCGAUUAGCUCAAAGGGAC